GGCAGGCCGAGCGGAGCCGGCGUGCCAGGCCGCGGCCCGGGCGAGCCGCUGAGCGGGAAGCCGAGGCUGGGCCAUGGCUGAGCCGCAGGGAGAGCCUGGGAAUUACGUCGCUCGCAUCUCCGCGUGGGCGGACUCCCACCUCACCGUCCUCCGGGUAUCGCAUGAAACAGGGCUACAUUCAGUGCUUGAUUACGACUGUGAAACAUUUACUUUCCAUGUUGUAAGCAAUGGCAGCAUUUGGAACAUUAGCACUGGAAUGGCAAUAGCUGGAGUCAUUUUAUUUGCAAAGAGUAUUAAAUUGACAACAAAAUUUACGAGUGCUUUGGAUAUACCAGUAGAAUUUAUAGAAAAGAAUGUGAAACUACGAGGAAGGUUAUGUCACAUAACUGAGAAAGGACUAGAAGUUGAACAUGUUCCCAUUAGCCUUCCUUUCCUGUCAUCGUUACAGAGAAAAUGGCAAUCAAAUGGUGUUUUGCUGGUCAGACUUGCUGGAGUGGAGCUGACACCGAAUGCUAUGGCCUGGUUACAGGAAGAGUUAAAACCUGCACAAAUGAUGUGGUUCCAGCUUCUUGGAAGGGAGGAUUUGGUGCUUGAUUGCCUCAUUUUAGUAAAUAAGGGUAGAUUUUUCAGUGUGUGCCUGAAUGAAGAGAUCUUGAGACAAGGGCUUGGCAAAACAACUCGUAUUGAAGGACUACAUCAUGACUCUCCAUUAUACUGGAAGCUUCACAAAAGACUACUUCAAGCAGAACUAAAAGCCCUGAAGAAAAAUAAGGGAAUAUGGAAAGAAGAAAGUUAUGUUGAAAAACUUAAAGAUCAUAUAAGUAAUAAUAAAUUUGUACAGAAGUUAAAACAAUUUGCAAACUGGCUACGAAUACGUAUUUAAAAGUGAAAUGGGAAGGACUUAGAUGGAAAAAUGCUAUUUGGACAUCGAUGAGUGUCUCUUUAGUGCGUGCUUUUUAUUAACAAUGAGCUUAUGAAGGAAAGCCUGAGCCUUGAUUUUUGAGGCUCCUUCCUCAAGGAAAAAUAUAGAAAAUAGUCCUAGUAAUAUCACUUAAAGAGAUGUUUAAAUAUAGUGUAAUUCCUGUAUAAGAAUAAACUUCAGCAUGAUGAUGCCUGCUAAAGUGUGUGAAGGCUAACAUUAUUCAAAUAUAGGAGCCUAAAGUUAUGCUUCUAAAUCCUUAAUUUAGGCUCCUAAAUAAGUGGUCAGAUUUUCAAGAGUGCUGAACACCCAGAUGUCCUUAUUUACCUCAGUGGAAAUGACUGAAGAUCCUAUUUUUGAACAUCUAAAAUAUUCAUGUCACACUUCACUUACAUUGCAGUGGAAUAUAAUAUGUAGGACUGCUUGACAACUGAAUAUUAAUGAUUAGAUAUCACCAAAAGAAUAUAACUUUCCAAUACUUCUGCUUUCUUGGACCUUUGUUGUACAUAAGUAUUUUUGUUUGAGUCCGAUAUAAGGGAACACAUAUGUACUAUGUUUACUAUUUGUGUGUUUUAAAAGUUUAACAUGUUGAAUAACUAGUUCUACUAUGUAAUUAAUAGAAAAGGUGAAUUGACACAGCUGAUCUUAAAAAGAAGAGUGUAUAGAAGCUCCUAACCACAAGAAUUUAAAUUUUGAAACACAGUAGGUGAGCAUAAGUUAGUAUAUCAAUAAACUACUUAUUUGCUUGUAGUAUAAAUAAAUUUUUUUAUAUAUUUGUAAAGAGUUGCACAAGUUAAAGAUUAUAAUCUGGUGGAAGUGACCUUUUGAAUAUUCAUUGUUUGUUUCUGUAUCUAGGUUAAAUCAAGUGAAUUAGACAUGUUUUGUAGUCAAGAGCACUAAACUCUGUGAAACCUUAAAAAUUAAACACGGCACAUUAAAUGUC